CUAAAAAAGAAAAGAUAUUUUAGUCCCAUCCCAGCACCCGCCACCCUGUAACAGACAAAGCGCGACAGAGCAUGUGGGAGUACUUGAACCAAUAUGAUAGAGACACGUGUCCGAUCCAAGUUUCGACGUAAACCAUGACCUCAAAUAGUCCCAUACCAUUUACCAACCACUUCUUCCCUUAUAAUCGACGCUUUCCUCCAUCAUCAUUACUUCGCUUCUGCGCAUGCUUCAUUUCACGCUAAGGUAGAGUAGACUCAGUUGUAGGUUGAUAAAAGGAAACACUCUUGUGAUUAUUAUAGAUACAAGGAUGAAGCCCUUAUUGCUUCAUCUUGUUCUUGCUACCUUUGUAUUCUUCAGCUCUAUCAGAGAUGGAUGUGCAGGGAUCACUAGUUCUUUUGUUAGGUCAGAUUGGCCAUCUGUUGACAUCCCACUUAAUCACGAAGCAUUUGCAGUACCAAAGGGUUAUAAUGCACCUCAACAAGUGCAUAUCACACAAGGUGAUUAUGAUGGAAAAGCAGUAAUCAUCUCAUGGGUGACCCCAGAGGAACCAGGGUCCAACCAUGUACAAUUUGGCACAUCAGAGAAUAAAUUUAAAGCUACUGCAGAAGGCACAGUUUCAAAUUACACUUUCUACAAAUACAAGUCUGGUUACAUUCAUCAUUGUCUUGUUGAAGGCCUUGAGUACAAUACUAAAUACUACUACAGAAUUGGAAGUGGGGAAUCUUCUCGAGAAUUUUGGUUUGAAACACCUCCCAAAGUUGGACCAGAUGCCCCCUACAAAUUUGGGAUAAUUGGUGAUUUGGGACAAACAUUUAAUUCUCUUUCCACUCUUGAGCACUAUAUAGAGAGUGGAGCACAGGCUGUCCUAUUUGUUGGAGAUCUUUCUUAUGCUGAUAGGUAUGAGUACACUGAUGUUGGUUUACGGUGGGAUACAUGGGGCCGAUUUGUUGAAAAGAGUACAGCAUAUCAGCCAUGGAUGUGGUCUGCAGGAAAUCAUGAAAUAGAGUACAUGCCCUACAUGGGAGAAGUUGUUCCUUUCAAGUCCUAUCUUCAACGAUAUUCUACUCCUUAUUUGGCAUCCAAGAGCAGCAGCCCCCUUUGGUAUGCAUUCAGGCGUGCAUCUGCUCAUAUAAUUGUACUAUCCAGCUAUUCACCAUUUGUAAAGUACACACCACAAUGGCAAUGGCUCAGAGAAGAGCUGAAGAAUGUUGAUAGGGAGAAGACACCUUGGCUCAUUGUUCUGAUGCAUGUCCCGCUCUACAACAGUAAUGAUGCUCAUUAUAUGGAAGGUGAAAGCAUGCGAGUGGUUUUCGAGAGCUGGUUCAUCGAGUACAAGGUUGAUAUGAUCUUUGCUGGCCAUGUCCAUGCUUAUGAAAGAUCGUAUCGAUUCUCCAAUGUAGAUUACAACAUAACAAGCGGUAACCGGUAUCCUGUAGCUGACAAAUCAGCACCUGUGUAUAUAACGGUCGGAGAUGGAGGAAAUCAAGAAGGUCUUGCUUCUAGAUUUAUGGAUCCUCAGCCAGAAUACUCUGCAUUUCGUGAAGCCAGCUAUGGACACUCCACACUGGAGAUAAAAAAUAGAACACAUGCUAUUUACCACUGGAACCGCAACGACGACGGCAAGAAAGUGCCAACUGACUCAUUCGUAUUGUAUAACCAGUACUGGAAAUCCUUUUUGGCUGUCGAUGAUUUAUUAAGUGAUUUAUAAAUCAACACACUUAAGACAUCUCAACCAUCAAUGAGGAAAUCAAUGGGGAAACAAUAGGAGAAGAAGAAAACUGAAGCAUUUUCUACUGACUGUUAUUGAUGAAGUUGUCAGCAUUUAAUAGGAAUUCGAUGCAAAAUUUCAUGUGCUGCUCAAUAGUCUCCGAGUGAGUGAAAUGCAGAUUGUCAAAAAUGAUCCUGUGUACUUGGUUUAUAUUUGUAUCCUUCGGUGCUAAUAAAUAUUGAACAUAUAUGCUUGUGGUUGGAGAAAAAUGUUUCACAGCAAGAAAUUCUUCAUUAUUAAUGAUGGCCAAGUUACCUGUUCAAUCUUUUUAGAGUGACCGAAAUACUACUGUUUUGCUAUUUGAAGAUAGAUGAGGAAGAAUGGAAAAUAAACUUGGCAAUCCAAUCUCCUUAGGUAUCUACAAUACAAAAAUUAAAUGCUUUUGUACAGAAAAACCUUAAACAAGUGGCAUCGGCACAUGCAACGAACGACCAAAAUCAGUAGUUCCAAGUUGUGGACAGGACACUCAGUGUGAAUCCACUAUCACCAUUUAUAGUUAGUAAACUUACUAUCUUUUGAAACUAUCUUUUGAACGAGUUUUACAUUUACAAUUGGAUAUGACAUGGCUAUUACACUGA